GGAACUUUUCAACCCUCCAUUACCAUGUCUUUGAGGUUUCGAAAACCCAACGAACCAGAAAUAUGUGACCAUGAACAUAGUCUCUUGGCUCUGGCAAAACUACAAAAAAGAAGGUGGCGAUUGGCUUUUGAUGUCAUUCGCUUCACCAGGGCUCUUGCUUCUUUGUCUAAGAUAGCUCUAGACAGCAACAAACAAAUCUUGCGGUCCCUCUCUUAUGUUGCCAUUGAUAUCGGUAGAGCAUUGCCACAUGAUGACGCUGGAGUUAAUUUUCUCGACAUUGAUCAGAAGAUACUCACUACCAUGGUGAAACAGAAGAACUUCGAAUCUUUGAGUAAUCUUGGAGGAGUGAAGCAAGUUGCUGCAAUUCUUGGAACCGACGAAAAGAAUGGUGUCCCAGGUAAUGAGGCUCAACUUCUGCAUAGAACGAAUGUUUUUGGUAAAAACUGUUAUAAAAAGCCAGAUGCAAAAAGCUUUCUUAGUUUUGUUUAUGAAGCAUUAAAAGAUACUACCAUUAUCAUACUUCUAGUCUGUGCAAUACUUUCUCUAGCCUUCGGAAUUAAAGAAGAUGGCUUGAAAGAAGGGUGGUAUGAUGGCAGCAGUAUUAUAUUUGCUGUGUUUUUGAUUGUAAUUGUCUCUGCCGUGAGUAACUUCAAGCAAAAUAGACAAUUUGAAAAGCUUUCUGAUGAGAGUGGUGACAUAAAAGUUGAAGUAGUGAGAGAUGGCAGGCGUCAAGCCGCGUCAAUCUUUGAAGUUGUAGUGGGUGAUACUGUGUGUUUGAAGAUCGGCGAUCAAAUUCUAACUGAUGGGUUGUUCUUGAAUGGUUACUCCUUGAAGGUGGACGAAUCUAGCAUGACUGGUGAAAGUGACCAUGUUGAGAUCAAUGGCAGAGAGAAUCCUUUCUUGCUUUCUGGCACAAAGGUCACAGAUGGUUAUGGUUCUAUGCUCUUCACUUCUGUGGGUAUGAAAACGGCAUGGGGAGAGAUGAUGAGUUCUAUUAGCCGUGACUUGGAUGAGCAGACUCCACUGCAAGUUCGCCUCAAAAAGAUGACUUCCUAUAUCGGAAAGAUUGGAUUGACAGUAGCUGUGAUGGUCCUUCUUGUUAUGUUGAUUUGUUACUUCACAGGCAACACCACAGAUGAAAGAGGAGAUAGAGAAUUCAACUGCGACAAGUCAGAUGAAGAGAGGAUGGCGAAGAUCGAUAAAAUCAGUGUAAUGGCAAGAUCCUCCCCUUUUGACAAGCUUUUGAUGGUACAGUGCUUGAAGCAAAAAGGUCAUGUGGUAGCUGUUACAGGAGAUGGGACAAAUGAUGCACCUGCUCUUAAGGAAGCUGACAUUGGGCUCUCCAUGGGGAUCCAAGGCACUGAAGUUGCAAAGGAAAGCUCAGACAUAAUCAUCUUGGAUGAUAACUUUUCCUCUAUGGUGACUGUUUUGAGGUGGGGAAGGUGUGACUACAACAACAUUCAAAAGUUCAUCCAGUUUCAGCUCACAGUGAAUGUUGUAGCCCUUGUCAUCAAUUUUAUUGCAGCAGUUUCUUCUGGUGAUGUUCCGUUGACUGCUGUCCAGUUGUUGUGGGUGAAUCUAAUUAUGGACACCUUGGGAGCUUUAGCAUUGGCUACCGAACAACCCACCAACCAACUUAUGACCAAACCACCUGUGGGCCGAUCUGCGCCUCUCAUAACCAAGGUCAUGUGGAGGAACCUUGUUGCUCAGGCUUUGUAUCAAGUAAUUGUGCUAUUAAUUCUGCAGUUCAAUGGAAGAUCCAUCUUCAGCGUGGACGAGAAGAUAAAGAACACCCUGAUAUUCAACACAUUUGUCUUCUGCCAGAUCUUCAAUGAGUUUAAUGCAAGGAUUCUGGAGGAGAAGAAUAUAUUCAAGGGACUACACAAGAACAAACUCUUUAUUGGGAUUGUUGGGACUACACUAAUUCUGCAAGUCUUGAUGGUGGAGUUUCUGAAUAAUUUUGCCAAUACUAAGAGGCUGAAUUUGGAGCAAUGGGGUGUUUGUGUUUGCAUUGCUGCUAUGUCCUGGUUGAUUGGUUGGCUCGUGAAGUGGAUUCCGGUUUCUGCAAAAUAAUUUCUCUUCUUUUCCAAGCAAGGAGCAUCUGCAAAUUGAACAAUUUAUUAUUGUCACAGCCUGAAUUAUUAUUGGCAAACAGUUUCUCAUCUUUGCUCGUGAAGUGUACUCAAAAAGUAAUGUAUUUAUUUUGCUGUUUCAACUUACAUUUCAAUAAAUGUACUCGCUUUCAGGGUAUUAUUAUAGGACAUAUUUCC